GAGUUAAAUCCAGUUGGUGUCCAGUCACAAGUGGUGUCCACCAGGGCUCGGUGCUGGGGCCGGUUCUCUUUAAUAUCUUUAUCAAUGAUCUGGAUGAAGGGAUCGAAUGCACCCUCAAACCUGUUAUAUCCUUGAAAAUUUGAGUGCAUCAGUUCCACAUGUUCAUUAAGACCUUGACCCGUUCCUGCCAGGAAGGGCUGAAGAGAUAAGGCUGAAAAGUACUACCAGCAAUAAUGUGUGAAACAGAGUCAUUUUCUUGUUCUUCUAAUGACAGUAAUGAGCCAUCCCAAGAUAAGAACAAGUGCAUCACCACAAGGCAUCGUAGCUGUGCUUUUGUAAAUACUCCAUCACCCUGUAUUAACAAAGCCAUUCAUCACAUUCAAGAGUUAGAAUUAAAGGUGGAGAAAUGCUUUGAGCAGUAUGGUUAUGUGUUUAAGGAGGAGAAAAUACCACGGAUAACAGAACAGGUUACUGCUGAAUCUAUUAAAGAUAUCUGGUUAUCAUUAUCCACUAAGUUGGAUUUUAAAGAAGCUGAAGUAUCUUGUGAAGACGACAAGACGUUAACCUUGAAGCAGGAAACAGAAGCUUUGCUAUUGGAAGUUACUGAGCUAAUUAAGCGGCUGGAGGCUGAUCGAGAGGAAGCAGAAAAAGCUUUGGAGUUGGAGAAACAGCGAGGGAAAAAGCUUGGCAUGAAAAUUGAUUGUAUGUCACUUUGGAGGCUACAGCAGCUUCCUGCAGCUGUUCAAAAAGAAUAUGACAUGUGUGUUCAAGAUACCUUGGAGCUACAAUGGCAUUUUGAUUGUAAAAGCCAUCAGCUGCGACAGUUACAAAACCAAAUACUUCAGACAGAAACAGUCAACAGAAAGAUUCAGGAGGAUAUAGACUUCAUGAAGAAACACAGCCCUCUGCUGGAAGAAAAGCUGAUUCUAGAGGGUGAAGCUGUGAAGGAAGUGUUGCUGGCUUAUGAAAAGGCAUCAAAAAUAUACAGUGAUAUUUGUUGUGAACUGAUGGAAAUCCGAAAGGCAAUGAAAAGAAUUGAUGAAGAAUCUGAAAAGAAGAUAGAAUCUAUGUAUGAGAAAAUCAAAUGUGCUGAGAUGCUACUGAGUCAAUACAAGAAUGAGUUAAAGCAUUCUGAAUUUAUUUGGACCGAAUACUGUAUGAAGUUAAAAGAAACAGAGGAGAAGAUUAUAAAGGAUGAAAAACACCUUGAGGAGUUAGUGAAGCAAAAAGCAGAAAUCCAGGAAGAUGUAAAAUGUUGGAACAGCAAAAUAGAAGAUUUGAAUAAUAGAAUAGCUGCCCAAGGAGAUGAGAGCAUAAAAAUAUCAGAUGCUUCUUCUGAAGUAAUUAAAGCUCUGGAAGAAUUAAAAUCCACCAGGGAAAGUGAUCUACAGAAUAGAAAGCAAAAGAUUCUAUAUAUUAAUGAAGCAUUGGACGUUUUGAAAUGUGAAAACGAAGAACUUGAGGGAGAAAAUGAAGAGAUUUUGCAAAACAUUGGAAAUAGUUCAAGAAAAAAGAAGGUUUAUGAGUCAGAAGUUGAAACUAUCUGCAAAAGCAUCUGUGAGAUCGAAACGCAAAUAGAAAGGCUAAAUGAAGAUCUCUGUAAUGCUGAAUUGUCCUACAAUGAAAAAAAAAGAAAGUAUGAUGACUUAAAAAAAAACAAAACUGCAGAAGAAAUCUCUUACAAGAAUUCGGAGUGGAAUCUUAAAAAAGAAAUUCAAGAUCAAAAAAGAAUUUGGAAAGGGACUCAGGCCAGGAUUAAAGCAGUAUAUGAUGAGCUAGAGGAAAAGCAAAAAGCUAGAUUCAAGAAGAGAAAGGAAGAUACGAAGAGGAUAGAAGAGAUUAAGAGACAAGUACCUGAUCUAGAAACAAAAUUCAAAAGAAAUAAAGAUCUAUUUAAAGAAGAACAGAAGAAGCUCUCCUAUUUGGAUCAGAGAGUACAAGAGCUAGAUAAACAGCAGAAGCAAACUGAACAGCAACUGGAACAAAAAACAAGUAUUAUGCAGCAACAAUUAAAUGAUAUACAGGAAAAAAAUUCAUUUGUUUCCAGUGAAAUUGCUGAAAACUCUCACACUAUGGAAAAUUUAACAAAUGAACUUAAAGAAUUAAAUGAAUUAUGGAACAUUAAGCAAAUAGAGAUGGAAAAUACAGAAAAAUCUUUAGUUGACUUGCGGAAAAAUUUAAGCGGUGUGAAGUUUAAGCAGCAAAAUGUUCAGAUGGUAUUUAAUCAUCUCCAAGAUGAGCUAGCAGAACAUGAGAAAAGGUUAAAGCGGGAAGAAAAAACAUAUGGAGAAUUACUACAGAUUAGAAAGAAAAACCUGAAAGAUUUGGAAGCUGCUCUGGAGCAAGUCAUUAAAGAAAAUCUGUGGUUAGCUCAAGAAUAUCAAAUCUUUCAGAACAACUACUUAAACAGUAAAGACGACCUCAGAAAACUCUAUGACAAUAGAAUCAGGGUGGAAGCUGCUAUUAGAGAUCAUCAGCAGCUUUGGGCGCUGCAGAGGCGGCUGCGCGGGGCGCUGGCGGGGAGGUGGAGGCGGCGCGGCCUCUCCAUCCAGGCUGGGCUGGCGAGGAUCCAGGCAGCCUCUCAGGAGAACGCUCAGAAAAUAUUAGCUGUGCAGGGGGAGUUGUCAAAAGCAAUCCAGAACGUCACUGCUUUCUCGCGCUCCUUGACAGAUGGCUCGCCGACUACAGACAACAAUGCAAACAACCAGUGUAUCUUGGAUGCUGAAAUAAAAGACAAGAAAAGUCACACAGUUCAGAUAACAGUGUAAUUGGACAUUCACCUGUUUGCCAUUUCACACUUCCAUGGACGAAAAACUCACUCACCUCCCAGCAUGCCUUGCCAUUCUUUUACUUACAGCAAAUCCAUAACAAUGAAACAGGUGACUUUCAUGCUGCUGUCAGGAACGAUCUAAUUUCAGCUCUGGGUGACUGAUUGCAAUUGGCUUUGCCUCAUCUGAUAAUUAAUCUAUGUCACCAUUAAUUGGAAGAGAGAAUAAUUACUGGCGGUGUUGACAGUGACUGUACGCUUCCCCAGAUUUCCCCACCGUGUUGGCCCAAAUAAAGGCUUUGCAAUUCAGUACUUAAAGUUUAUGUAAACUGGAACAAUACCUAUGCCCAUGUGACACUUGCAGACACUCUGUCGAAUAUACUUUUGUUUUUGUGUUUACCAGUCUUUUUGAGCUCUCUGUGAGCUGUCUCCCUCAAUCACUCCUCAAUGUUCUAUCUUAAUUUUGUGGAAGUUUAAAGUUUUCAAUGAG